AGAGGAGGAGGAGCUUGGAGGAAGGGAUCCAAGGCAGAGGCCCUCCUGGGCACAGACCAGGCACAGCAGGGUUCAGGAGUCUGCAGAAACAGAGAUCCCCUCCCCCAACGCCCCAACCCUGUAGGGCCCACCUGCUGGGGUUAGAUUUGGGGUUUUCUGUCUUGAUCUGAUCAUCCUUGCCUGCCUUCUGCCUGAGCUUCUGGGAGACUGCGAGGGAGCGUUCAAGAUUGAGGGUCUGUGAGCGGCUCCAGGAUGCGGGCUCCGGGUGCGGGCUCGGCCUCCGUAGCCUCUCUGGUGCUGCUGUGGCUGCUGGGGCUGCCGUGGACCUGGAGCGCAGCGGCGGCCCUCGGUGUGUACGUGGGCGGCGGCGGCUGGCGUUUCCUGCGCAUCGUCUGCAAGACCGCGAGGCGGGACCUCUUCGGCCUCUCUGUGCUGAUCCGCGUGCGCCUGGAGCUGUGGUGGCACCAGCGCGCCCACCACACCAUCCCGCGGAUCUUCCAGGUGGUGGCCCGGCAGCAGCCUGACCGCCUUGCCCUGGUGGAUGCAGGCAGUGGCGCGUGCUGGACCUUUGCGCAGCUGGAUGCCUACUCCAAUGCCGUGGCCAACGUCUUCCACCAGCUGGGCCUCGCGCCAGGCGACGUGGUGGCCAUCUUCCUGGAGGGCCGACCCGAGUUCGUGGGGCUGUGGCUAGGCCUGGCCAAGGUGGGCGUGGAGGCUGCGCUACUCAAUGUCAACCUGCGGCGUGAGCCCUUGGCCUUCUGCCUGGGUACCUCGGGCGCCAAGGCCCUCAUCUUCGGAGGGGAGCUGGCAGCAGCGGUGGCUGAGGUGAGCGGACAGCUGGGGAAGAGUCUGCUCAAGUUCUGCUCUGGAGACCUGAGUCCGGAGGGUGUCUGUCUGGACACCCAGCUCCUAGACCCAAUGCUGAAAGAGGCAUCCACGGCCCCACUGGCCCAGUCCCCUGGCAAAGGCAUGGACGAUCGACUCUUCUACAUCUAUACGUCGGGGACCACGGGGCUGCCCAAGGCUGCCAUUGUCGUGCACAGCAGGUACUAUCGCAUAGCAGCCUUUGGCCACCAUGCCUACAGCAUGCGGGGGGCAGAUGUACUCUAUGACUGCCUGCCCCUAUACCACUCAGCAGGGAACAUCAUGGGCGUGGGGCAGUGUCUUAUCUACGGGCUGACGGUUGUCCUCCGCAAGAAGUUCUCAGCCAGCCGCUUCUGGGAUGACUGCGUCAAGUACAACUGCACGGUGGUCCAGUACAUCGGGGAGAUCUGCCGCUACCUGCUGAAGCAGCCAGUGCGAGAGGCAGAGGGGCGGCAUCACGUGCGCCUGGCUGUGGGCAACGGGCUGCGGCCAGCCAUCUGGGAGGAGUUCACCAAGCGCUUCCACGUAGGCCAGAUUGGCGAGUUCUACGGUGCUACUGAGUGCAACUGCAGCAUCGCCAACAUGGACGGGAAGGUCGGCUCCUGUGGCUUCAACAGCCGCAUUCUGCCCCAUGUGUACCCCAUCCGGCUGGUGAAGGUCAAUGAGGACACCAUGGAACUACUGCGGGAUGCCCAGGGUCUCUGUAUCCCAUGCCAGUUCGGGGAGCCCGGCCUCCUCGUGGGCCAGAUCAACCAGCAGGACCCACUGCGUCGCUUCGAUGGCUACAUCAGCGAGAGUGCCACCAGCAAGAAGAUUGCCCACAGUGUCUUCCACAAGGGCGACAGCGCCUACCUCUCAGGUGACGUGCUGGUGAUGGAUGAACUGGGCUACAUGUACUUCCGGGACCGCAGUGGGGACACCUUCCGCUGGCGUGGGGAGAACGUCUCCACCACUGAGGUGGAGGGUGUGCUGAGCCGCCUGCUGGGCCAGACAGAUGUAGCUGUGUACGGGGUGGCUGUACCAGGAGUAGAAGGCAAAGCAGGUAUGGCAGCCAUCGCGGACCCCCAUGGCCAGCUGAGUGACCGGCUCUUCUUCCUGGACCUGAAGCAGGGACACUAUCUGCCCCUGGACCAGGAUGUCUACACUCGCAUCUGCUCGGGUGCCUUUGCCCUCUGACACUCCCUCCUCUGCUGUCCAGAGAUUUCUGGCCAGGCCUAGCAAGCAAGGUGGGCUGGAGCCAGACAGCUCUGCCCUCUGUCCUGGGGCCAAGAAACUGGACCCCGGGAGGAACCCGUGUCUCUCCCCUUCCCUCACUCUCCUCUGCCUGUUCCCCUGCACGCUCUUCUUGUCCUGCCCUGCCUUUCUUCUGCUCCUGUGUCUGUGUGUCUCUUCUCCCUGCUUCCUGGCUUCAGCCUUCCUGCUGUGCCCAUCUGCCCUAACCUCUUCGCUCUUUUCCUCCAUCUCUUCCCUUUCUCUUCCCCUGUUCUGUCAAGUGCAGAGCAGACAUUUCCUGGGAACUGUGGCCUUCAUGGGGCCUCCAUCUGUUAUCCCCAUUGGAUCUUAGACCCAGAGUGGGGCCUCCCCACCUCCCUCUCAGCUGUGCCUUAGGGGCCCUCACCCAGUCCAGGCCUCCUGAGGCUGCUGGGUUCCAGGAUGUUGUAGCCCUGUGUGAACUCCAGGCAGGCCCCUGGCCCUCCCAGCCAAAUGGAGGAGCUGAGGGUGGUCUGCUCGCCCCACACUGGGUGCAGGGGUCAUUGGCAGGGAUCUCCACGUCAGCUGGAAAUUGCUCCUAGGUUGGGCCAGUUGUCUUUUGCACUUUACAUCCCUGGUGGGUCUCCCCUGCCCUGUCUGCCUUUCCUGAUGCCCUGGAAGCUUCCAGAAUCGAUGGUGACCACUUUGAUGUUACCCCUGCCUAGGUGUCCCUGUUCAGGCAUCUCCACGGAGCUUCUGCUGGAGGGGCCCUGAAGACUGUGCUGGGUGGCUGUUUGGCUCACCAGUCAGACGCUCACCCUGGCAGAGGCCUCUUGGGUGUCCCCAUGCAGCGUAGCUGCUGUGGGAGUGGGGGGUGGUCUGCUGUUGGUGGCUUUUGAGAUCGCCUCAGGGAUUCCAGCUGUUGAAUGUCCCUGCUGGCCUUGCUAGUGUGACAGCCUAGACUCUGUGUUGGUGGUGACAUCCCAGAUAACCCGACUGAGAUGGCUUGGACAUCCCCAUCGCCUGUGUUUGUGGCUCAUCCUGGACUCCUGACUCCUGUUGUUGGGGCUGGCCACCCUGACCACCCGUCAGUCUCCAGCAGCAUUGUCCAGCACCUUAUAACAGUGGGACCAGUUGUGAGUGACCGUGUGUUAUUUCACAUGAGCCUUUCCAAGCACCAAGGUUGUUUCCUAGUUGAGUUUUAAGAAAUAAACCUGCAGAGCGUCCAGUGCCUGAUGGGA